AUGACGACCGCCCUGUCCUCUCAGGAGCAGCUGUGCAUCGACGGCGCGACUGCGACGUCCAUGAUGGUGUACAGGCUGAUCGACUUCACGGCCAUCUUCCCCAUCACCCCGUCCUCUGUCAUGGCCGAGAUGAUCGAGCAGUACGCCGCGCAAGGCAAGAAGAACAUCUUCGGAAACGUCGUCACUGUCCGCCAGGCCUGGUCGGAGCUUGGAGCCAUUGGCACGUGUCACGGAGCAGCGACCGCAGGCGCCCUCACGGCGACCUUCAGCUCGUCGCAGGGGGUCCUCCUCAUGAUCUCUAACCUCUACCACAUGGCUGGCGAGCGCAUCCCCUUCGUCCUGCACGUCGCCACGCGCACCGUCGGGAUGGCAGCCACCUCUCUCGCUACAGAUCAUACGGACGUCUACGCAAUCGAAGGCACGAACAUGUGCGCCCUGUCCAGCUGCAACGUCCAGGAGUGCUACGACAUGUCUCUGGUUGCCCACACGACUGCUACGAAUGUCCAGGCCGCCUUCUGCCAUUUCUUCGAGGGAUAUCGUGUCUCCCACCAGUUCGAGACGAUCCAGGUCUUCAAGGACGACGCAGACAUCAAGGACUUCCUCAGCGAGGACCAGCUUGCCAAGUGGAGGAGCGAGAACGCCAUGGACACUGAUCGCCCGAUCGCCUCGAACAUCGGUCUCGGAGGCGAGAUCCACAUGCAGAUAGUUGAGUCCCAGGGUGCUGUCUUCGACUCUAUCCCGUACCGUAUCGAGGAGGCCUUCGACCUGCUCCACCGGAAGACUGGCCGCCGUUACCACUGCUUCGAGUACUUCGGCCACCCGACCCCCGAUGUUGUUGUCGUCGUCAUGGGCGCAACCAGCCUCACUUUUGAAAACGUCGUCGACGCGCUUGUUAACCGCGAGAACCGCCGCGUUGGCUUUGUCAGAGUCCGCCUCUUCAGGCCGUUCAGCAUCGAGCUCUUCAGCAACGCUAUUCCCAAGUCUGCGAAAGUUGUUGUGGCCCUCGAUCGCGCACCAGAGCUCCUGAACGCCGGCGGUACGCUCUACCGCGAGACUCUUGCCGCUCUCAUGAAGACUGGCCGCCUUGGCGCGGGCAAGAACUCUGUCCGCCUCGUUGCUGGCGGCCGCUACUCGUACUACGGAUGGGAGCUCGGGCCCGCAGACGUGGUCACUCUCUAUGAGACGUUCGACGUCAGCACGCGCCACGUCGAGAAGAUGCCGACGGACUUCGUGCUCAGCAUCAAGGACGAUAUCCGCAAGCGCUCUCUCCGCCCGGCGCUCCCGGAGCACGUCCCGAAGAGCCUCCUUCCAGAGGGCACCACGGAGUGCAUCCUCUGGGGUCUCGGCUCAGACGGCACCAUUGGUGCCUGCCGCAACGCCAUGAAGAUCCUCUCCGACCGCGUGGGGUGCGAAUGCCAAGCCAACUUCGAGUUCGACGGCAAGAAGUCCGGCGGCACCACCGUCUCACACCUUCGCUUCGGGCCAAAGAAGAUCAGGGCCCAGUACAACAUCGAGGAGGCCGGGUAUGUUGCCUGCCACGCGCAGAGCUACGUGAGCAAGUUCAACGUCCUCCACGGCAUCAAGGAGGAUGGGUUCUUUGUCCUGAACACGGAGCAUGAUACGGUCGAGACUCUCGAGAAGUAUCUGCCUGCCGAGAUGAAGAGGGAGAUUGCCCGCAAGAACAUCCGAGUCUAUGCCGUCAACGCAAAUAAGGUCGCGCAGUCGGUCGGCCUUGGCGGACGCAUAAACACGAUCAUGAUCCUCUUCUUCCUCAAGCUCGGGCUCAGCAAGCUUCUUGACUUCGAUGUCGCCUGCGAGGACAUGAAGGCUGCCGCGAGGAUUACCUACGCUAAGCAGAAGGCAGAGGUCAUCGAGGCGAACGUGAAGGCCAUUGACGUUGCUCGCUCCAUUAUAGAGCAGUGCCACAUAGAGUACGAUAAGGCGCGCUGGGUCAACGCUGACCCGAGCGAGUCGACUGCAAACCAAACCUACGGCCCAGAGCCUGACAAGUAUGUCAAGGACAUCAUCUUGCCUGCCGUCACGAGGAAGUUCGCCAACAUCGGCACCAAGGAUGUGAUGAAGUACAACUCUGGGAAGAUUCCAGGCGGCUACUCCAAGUAUGAGAAGCUCGGCUCUGCCGCCAAGGUUCCCAUGUGGAAGAAGGAGAACUGCAUCCAGUGCGGUUUCUGCUCUGUCCAGUGCCCGCACGCCGCCGUCCGCUGCUUCGUCAUGAAUGAGGACGCAAAGCCUGACAACGUCCCCGAGGACUUCGAGAUGCUCGACAUGAAGGGCAAGCUCGCUGCCGUUAACAGCGAUUCCUCGAAGAUCAAGUUCCGCGUCCAGGUUUCGCCGCUCGACUGCAGGGGAUGCGGAGUCUGUGUAGAGGCCUGUCCCAAGGAUGCCCUUGCCAUGACCCCCAUCGACACUGUCCUCGACAAGCAGCAGAAGCUCUUCGACUGGGCCUACGAUUCUCUUCAGUUCACCCAGGGCACCACAAACAUCGACACGGAGAGCUGCAACCUCCGCGACCUGCAGCUCCGCUUCCCGUACAUGGAGUUCCCUGGCUCCUGCCCCGGCUGCGGUGAGAGUAACACGAUGAAGAUGCUGGCGACCCUCUAUGGAGAUUCGAUGGUCGCCUCCAUCGGCGUCGGGUGCUCGCUUGUCUGGAUGCAUUUCGGCUACAUGCGUCCGUUCAACCUUGACAGCGACUCCCGCGGUAUUGCCGCCUGCUCGUCGCUCUUUGAGGACAACUCUGUUUUCGGCUGGGGUGUCGCUCUUGAUCGCGAUGCCAAGCGUGCAAACCUUCGCGAGUACCUUCAAGCCAACGUCGAGAAGAUCACUGACGAGUCCCUGAAGACUACCGUCCAGGGCUGGCUCGACGCGUUCGACGACCGCAAGGCCUCCAUCCGCACGUCUCGUGAGCUCCGCAGCACGGUCGGCAUCGAAAGGCUCGACAAGGGCGACUACAAGAACAACCCUGAGUAUAUCAUUCCGACUGUGGACAAUCUUGCUUCCAAGUUCCAGCAGUCCGGCGUCGAUCUGGAUGUUGCGAAGCACAUCCUCCUCAACAACAACUACCUUAUCAAGGCCUCCCAUUGGCUUGUGGGCGGUGACGGCUGGGCCUACGACAUUGACUUUGCUGGCUUCGACCACAUCGUCGCCUCUCGCGAUCGCGUGCGUGUGCUCGUUCUCGUCAACCACUGCUUCGGUAACACGGGUGGCCAGAAGUCGAAGGCCACGUCGAUCGGCAGCGUCAUGAAGAACGCGUACUCCGGCGUCAACGUCAAGGACAAGAAGAUGGGCGUCAUGCUCAUGAGCACAUACCGCGACGUCUACGUGGCACAGAUCUCCCUCGGCUACAACCGUAACCAGGCCCUCCAGGUCUUCAGGGAGGCAGAGCACUUUGACGGCCCCGCAGUUGUUCUCGCCUACUGCCCGUGCAUCUCGCACAUGGUCCAGGGCGGUCUCACUCACCAGGAGAGGCAGCAGAAGCUCGCCGUCGAGACGGGUGUCUGGCCUGUCUUCCGCUACAACCCGUCCAAGCCCAUCGGUGACCGCAUGAAGCUGGAGUACAAGGGGCCAAUCAAGCCCGUCAAGGACUUCAUGAACACGGAGCAGAGGUUCGGCGCCCUUGCAAAGAGGGACCCUGCCAGGUUCGAGGAGAUGGCUGCGGCUCUCCAGUCCGACGUUGAGGAGCACUGGAAGGUUCUUCAGGGGCUCAAGGCCAUCGACGUGCCCACGGACCCGAUUGUUUUCGGGUAA